AUGCAGCAACUCUCCAGUGGGCAAGCACCUGGCUCUGAUGCGAUCCCUGAGGUGAUCUACAAACACAGUGGCCACAAACUCAUCUCCUACUUAACUACACUCUUCCAGGAGAUGUGGCGGCAAGGCCAAGUCCCCCAGGACCUCAAGGACACCACAAUUGUCCACCUCUACAAACGCAAGGAGAAUCACCGAGUCUCUGACAAUCAUCGGGGAAUAUCGGUACUCAACAUGGCCGGCAAAAUCUUCGCUCGGAUUCUCCUGAACCGUCUCAACAACCACUUCGAACAAGGACUCCUGCUGGAGAGCCAAUUUGGUUUUCGCCUUCACCGCGGCACCAUGGACAUGAUAUUCGCUGCGCGCCAAUUGCAGGAGAAGUGCCAAAGGAUGCGCAACCACCUGUACAUCACUUUCGUGGAUCUAACGAAAGCGUUCGACACGGUGAAUCGCACUGGGCUUUGGAAAGUCGUGCAAAAGUUUGGCUGUCCUGAGCACUUCAUCCAUAUGGUACGCCAGUCCCUACCCUCUUUAGUCUCAUGUUCUCUGCCAUACUGA